GCGCUCGACAGGCAGUUGUAUUUACGAGAGAACAGCGGCGCUGUUGCUUGGGGUGGCAGCACAGCGUAGCGGAAACUAAACCAAGCGCCGAGCCACACGCCGUCCAUGGAAUAAGAUAAAGAGAGCCAGUGCGACAAGGAAGUUGAGUGCCAGAUAUAAGUGUGGGAAAGAGAUAGCAGAUCCUUUCGUCGGCACGCGAAGAAGCGUAUGUCAGAAGACAACAUGCUCUUGAAGUUCAUCCCACUGCUUCUGAGUGUUGCGUGCUCUCAGGCCCAAUUUUCUUCAUGGAACGCAUUCGGUGACUCAAGCCAGGAAAGAAAUUUCACCGGCUACAAUGAGCAAUGCAAGCUGGCCAGCAUAGCGGAUCGCUUCGACUGCUACCCAGAGCCUGGAUCUUCACAGAAGGGUUGUGAGGCCCGAGGUUGCUGCUGGGGCGCGCUAGGCGACGCCUCGGAUGGACAACCUAACAUUCCUUACUGCUAUUACCCCGCCGACUAUCAGGGGUACGGGCUCGACGGCUUAGAUCGCUCUCCGGAUGGAAUCUCGGCGAGGCUCAGCAGGAAAAUUCCUUCGGGCAUCGACAAGGACGUGCAGUCUGUGGCAGUGAACGUCGUCUUCUACGCGAACGACACAGCCAGGAUCACGAUUCUGGAUGCCACUCAAACACGAUUCACGCCACCUGUGCCAAAGAUUCCCGCACGGACAUGUACAGGUAGCCGGCUAUACGACGUGAGCAUCUCGAAAGAUGGCCAAUUAAGAGUCUACCGCCUCGAUCGUCAAUCAACGACUAUUUUCCACACGAACCUGUCACGCCUCGUGUUCACCGACCAGUUCCUUCAGCUUUCCACACUCCUGCCAUCGGACUACGUGUAUGGUCUGGGUGAACAAUGGACCACCCUUCGCCGAAACGUCAGCUGGACCAGUCGUUUCUUCUUCAACCGCGACCGAGCUCCUGCGCCUGGCAAGAAUCUCUACGGGACGCACCCUUUCUUGCUCGGAGUAGACAACGACCGGCAGGGAUACGGAGUGUUCUUGCACAACAGCAAUGCCUUGGAGGUGGUGCUGCAGCCCACGCCUGCGGUCACGUUCCGCGCACUGGGCGGCGUGCUGGACUUGUUCGUGCUCGCUGGCCCGACGGCCGCCAACGUGGUCAGCCAGAUGCAGCACGUCGUGGGCAUGCCCGCAAUGCCUCCCUACUGGGGCCUGGGCUUUCACCUGUGCCGCUUCGGCUACAAAACGCUUAACCGGACUCGGUACAUCAUGGAGAUGAACAUCAAGGCCGGAGUUCCUCUGGACACCCAAUGGAACGACAUUGACUACAUGAAAAGAAGUAAUGACUUCACUUACGACAAGGUCAAUUUCGAAGGGCUUCCGGAAUUCAUCAGUGAACUCCACGCUUCUGGCCGCCACUACGUCGUCAUCGUGGAUCCUGCAGUGAGCGGUUCUGAAGCACCCGGCAGCUACCCUCCUUACGAUGAUGGGCUUGUCAUGGAUAUCUUCGUCAAAAAUAUCACCGGGGGCAUUGUUUACGGAAAGGUUUGGAAUGACAAGAGCAGCGUGUUCCCCGACUUCAGCCACCCCAAUGCGACGGCCUACUGGAUGAAGCAGUUCGCCAGGUUUCACAAUCAGAUCCCUUUCGAUGGCGCCUGGAUUGACAUGAAUGAACCAUCCAAUUUCUACGAUGGUCACAAGGACGGCUGCCCUCCGAACCAGAAAGAAGAACAGCCGCCGUACGUUCCAGGCGGAGAGAAGCUGUGUGCAAAGACCCUUUGCAUGAGUGACCGUCACUACAUCUCGUCCCACUACAAUGUCCACAACAUCUACUCCCAGUUGGAGGCCAGAGCGACGUACAAAGCCCUCGUUCAGGUCCGCCAGAAACGACCCUUUAUCAUUUCCCGGGCGACAUCACCAGGACAAUCUGUGUGGUCGGGCCACUGGUCUGGAGACAUCAGCUCUUCGUGGGAGGAUAUGAAACUCAGCAUUCCCAAUAUUCUGAGCUUUGGCAUGUACGGAAUGCCACUCAUUGGGGCAGACAUAUGCGGUUUCAACGGGAACACAACUGUCGAGCUGUGCGCCCGCUGGCACACGCUGGGAGCCUUUUACCCAUUUUCCAGGAAUCACAACACCGACGAUGGAAUUGACCAAGACCCUUUCAGCCUCGGCGAAACUGUGAUCAAAGCUGCAUCAGAGAACUUGGCCACCCGCUAUUUGUUGAUCCCUUACCUGUAUACGCUGUUCUACAGGAGCCAUGUCUAUGGAGAGACGGUCGCCCGGCCCCUUUUCUUUGAAUUCCCGGACGACCCCAACACUUACGACAUCGACGAGCAGUUCAUGUGGGGAUCAGCCUUUCUGUUCAAUCCGGCACUGUACCAGGGACAAACCGAAGUCAACGCCUAUGUGCCCGCCGGGCUUUGGUACGAUCUGCACUCCGGAAUCACAGUGAAAGUCGACAGCGGUACCCGCAUUACUUUCCCCGCUGCUCUGAAAGACCAGAUGAACAUCCUCGUUCGCGGAGGACACAUCAUCGCCGUGGCGACGAGCGCCACGACUACAGAGGAUCAGCGGCAGAAGCCUUUGUUCUUGCUUGUCGCACUUGACAAGGAUGGCACUGCAAAAGGAGAACUCUUCUGGGAUGACGGGGACUCUCUAGAUACCAUAGAAAAAGGAAAAUACAACCUGUUCAAUUUUUCUACAAACUGGGCACAAAAGGUGGUGACUUCUGUAUCACCCAUGAAAAGUGGCUUCGAAGAGAAACCUGUAGUGGAUUUAGUUAUCGUCGCCGGUGUUUCGCAAGUGCCCAACAACGUUACCAUCGGAACCAGAAGCCUGCCCUUCUCUUACUCUAGCAACAAGAUGCUCGUCAUACCUGACAUCAACCAGCGCAUGGACCAAGGCUUCGAGAUAAACUGGUCCUAGUGAUAUGUCACUUCACGAGCUGCAAUUUCAAUCCCUGUUCGACGGAUGUGUCAAACCUUGUAGAACCAAACAUAUAAACCACAUAAACAAAAUUC